AUGGCAGUUACUCGUGUCUUGCUAACGAUACCAUCUAGCACUAGAGUUGGCUCUUUUGCGUGCAUUGUCGUUAUUGCCUGUACCACCCUGGUCUUCUUCUUGGGUUUUGGGAAUUAUACAUAUGACAUCCAGGGCGUCAUCACCAAGAGCUUUACAUUUCAAUCAGAGAUCCUCGAUAUCAUCGCUAUCUUCGCCAUCCCUAUUGGAUUUCUAUAUCUCUACAUUGUGGAGAUGACUCGGCUUCGUUUGAAUCUGGCCUUCAAAUCCGGAUGGAUUAUUUCGCAUCUUGUCUUUUUCGGACUCUCCUUCCUUAUUUCUGUCUACUACAUCAUAUGCCGGCCAAAGGAGACUCUCAGCUUUGUUAUUUCUCUCGUCCCAGAGGAUGUCGACAUUUCCUCAUUUACCAACUUCAUCGACAAACUGGUCAAGAUGGGCCUCGAUGGGGAAGGACCCGCAAAGAAGCCUCUUUUCGCUGUGUUUGACAACAACGGAAGCGUCGUUACCAACAGUACAAACACUUUUAUUGGUGUCGUCAUGUGUGUCCUUGCCUCUUGGUCCUUUGUUCUUCAGACUGUUGUGGCUGCUCUUUUUACAGCGAUGGCAUGUAGCAAGUACGGAGAACGCAACAUCAUAGUCGGAAUUAAAACGACGGGCGACACGUACCGCGUGCAUGUAGAGCGGCAUAGCACACGCGAUCUGGGGAAGAAGUCUAAGCUCUCCGCUGGCACAGCCGCGUGA